AUGGAAAGAUCGGGUCAGGACUCAGCCAGUGAUACCUCCGUCGACGAACGGAGAAAAACAGUACGCGAGGAGCGGAAAGUUCGUAGGAAAAAGAGAAAACGUAAAAGGGAUUUGAUAGAUAUACGUCAGAGGCUAUCAAAACCGAAAAAGGAGAAGCAAACGAAGAUCGAUAGGAAGUCGAAGAAGCCGCAAAGUAUGAAGAACUUGGCCACCAGGAUUCUUCCGAAACCUUUAACUGGGAUAUACAGAAAUGGCGCGUUAGGAAAAGCGAUACGAAAGUCUCAAACGAGUCCAGCCAUGGGUGACACGGGUAACGCACGUUUAGAAGGGGACAUGUGCAAACUCCUGAAUGGCUAUGACUCGAAAUCAGAAAGUAUCGUAGUGGGGAAUACUAACGAAAAGGAGCCUAAUCCUAAAAAUAUCCUCAUUCCAUAUUCCAGUGAUGAGUCUACAAGUCCUUUUCUAGGUAGAAUGGAUGGAGGAAACAAAUGCAAGAUGCCCGAAGAGCCGAGAGCUACCGACCUAUCGAAAUCUUCAAAUCACAGGAUUGAUUCCAGAGAGUAUUACGAUACAGCGAUGAAGAGAUACCAGGAACUAUGUCAAUCGAUCAGCAGAGAGAAUUUCGAGGAGAACAAUUUCAAGUUCCCAGGCGAAGAUCCGCUGACGAAAGUAAAGAAGAGGUUGAGAAACGCCUACGCGCGGUCGUUCCGCUAUCAAAUUAUGCGGGAUGUGUUCAAAGACGACGAUGCGCCUGUAUGCAGCACCAGCAGCAGCAGCAGUACGUUUUAUUCACCGGCAGCUAAGCUGAACAAUCCUUUCUUAUUCACGGCCGAAGACGUUCAAAAUCAGAAGUACAAGGAUACAACAACAACAGAUACUUUGAAAAAUAAGAAUAAUUUAUUCGAUUCCUCGGAGAUACGUGACGCCAGUUCGCACAGUUUGGUCGAACCGCAAUCGAAUGAAAGUUACAACGUCCGUUCGUCUCUUGAUGUGAACCACAGCAUUUCUUCGAUUUUAAGGAAUAAUAACGAUCUCAAGUUCUUCGAAGUGGACACGAAAGAAAUAAAUAAACCUGUUCCGCCCAUGCCGGAACAAAGCAAGCCUGUUUAUAGAAAACACAUAAGAAAAGAGAAAAACCCACACGAGCACGUGAUAAACAGUAAAGUAAAGAAGUAUUCUGGGGUGCAAAACUUGAAGACGAACAAGUACCAAAUGAAUCCGAAGAAUCUGAAGUAUAUCCCAACUAUGUUGCGGAAGAACGAGGUUGACGACGGACAGAAUAUACUCGACCUUUCUUCGAAGUCAUUCGAAAUGUCGGCGAACGUUGUAUUUACUCCGCCUGUGGUAUCGAAGGCGGCCGAGGAUUUCGCGUUCGACCCUGAGAACGCGCGGACUUGCGUAGAGGCGUCGCCGAGCGCACGCAAGGACGAUAAGUGUUUCAUGAAAGAUAGGAAAGCGAAACAGAAGCCACAGGUUCAUCAGAGUAUUUUCACGCAGAAGAAUAACAAUCCUGUACAGAAGACAGUGAUGUUGACAAAGAAGGACUCGAUUAACGUAGGACAGUUUUUAUACAUGAACAGGGUGGUCAACAGCGAGAGCAGAGAGAAUCCGAACGUUUGCAUCAUAAGGAAAAAUGUUCCGGAGCGUGAGAACGUUUGCGUCAUAAGGAAAAACGUUCGAGAGCAUGAGAACGUUUGUAACGUCCACAGGAACUGUCAGAGGGUACCUGGGACUUGUUACAGGGAGUUCAAGCGUUCGCAGAACUCGGAAGUGUCGCAGCCGAACUGCAGCAGCAGCAGUCAGGAGUUUCGCGAGGGCCAGAAUGCACCGAUUAAUCAGGCGAUUCCCGAAGAGGACUUGUUAAGAGGAAUGCAUAAAUGUGAUCAUACAUGUAAUGAUGUUUGCUAUGUCGUGUUCGACCAAUGCAAGCAUGGUAACGCGCAGGAGUAUUCGAAUAAUAAUAGAACGAGGCAGUUACAGGGACGAUUGUCUCAAGAAGACGUCGGGAUUCUGAACGGCGUGCAGAACUUGAAGCUGAUCAAGGAGCGCGAGGUCAGGUCGCGAGAGAACGCUAUGCUUCUCGAGCAUCAACCAAUAAAAUACCUGGCUUUCAACGACGAUUCAAACACUAAGAAGAUUCCUAUAUACUUGCACAAUAAAUGUAACGUGGAGGUGAUCGACCCAAGCGUCAAUUAUCGCUUGGUAUCUUGCCCCAAAGAACCUGCCAAGGAAGUUAUCUUCGUACCGACCUGUGAAUCGGACAAAGUUUUGUACGUAAAGCCAAAUGUACCUAACGCUUCACACGAAGAAUAUUCGCACCCCACGAAAAUGGUUCUGGUUAAGGAACCUUCCUCAAAUGUUUGCGAGAUUCACGUUCCGAAACAGAAUAUAAUGGAAAUCAGAAACCCUGAGUAUAAUCUUGUAACCAAUUGCGUAGACAAUAAGAAAAGGAGGGUUAAUUGGGAACAAUUAAAUUAUCAACACAAUUAUGAACACGAUGUUUGCCUACAGAACCCAACGAUUUACUAUAAAAAAUGAAAUGUUCAUUUAAGCUGAAUUAAAUAUAAAUCCGUUCUUGCACUUCGGCGAGCAUACGAAAAUUUAUGUUCUUUUUCGAGACGAUGAAUAUUUAGAUAAAUGACAAGAAUUAACAUCAUUAAUAUAUAAGAAUCAGCAUAAUCUGUAAUCAUUCGUAUUGUAUCUUUUAUUUUUAUUAAUCAAGUGUAUUAUUUAUUUGAAACUGCAUUGUUGUGUUCUAAGACACUUGUAAUAUACACUCGUACAAAUAAUUCAAUGAUUUUUGUAUACGACGUACGAAUUAAAUUCAACGUCUAAUUUUCGUUGUAAUUACAAUGCCACUUGUCGUCGUUCGCCACACCCCAUGGAAUUUACUCAUUAAAAAGAUUUCAGGUUGAAAUUGUAUCGAAACUUACCU